CAGACAUUAGUGACCCCGUCUUAUCCGAAGCUUCAACCCUUGUAGUUUUACUCCACUCAUCAUGAGCUCAAUUGUCCCCUUUCAACUCUCAUCCUCCUCCAAACUAUCAGCCACCGACUGCUCAUGAGUUGCUCUCAACCAUGUUUCAAUACGUGAUUGGCCUUUUGGCUAUUCUUCUCGUGUUCUCAAAUCCCAUCAGCGACUUCUUGUAUCCAGACCGGGCCACCCGCAUCAACGAUGUCUCACCGCGCCCCAAGUUCAAUGAGUCGCUCCUAGCUAUUGAUCCGCCCAAUGCGACAGCGCCUGAAUGUGCUCCAGAUGGUUAUGUUGCUAGAAUUUUGAGCAGAGAGCCACUGAUCAUUUAUCUUGAGAAUUUCUUGAAUGAGGAAGAGAGGAAGCACUUGCUUGAUAUAAGUGAACCGAUCUUUGUACCUUCAACCAUAACCAACAAUGGCGAGGCUACUCAUCGCGACUCUUCAGUUCGUGACUCUCACGUUGCGCUCAUUCCCAGAACCGACCCUAUCCGCUGCAUAGAGUCUCGCGCCCGCGCUCUUCAAGGCUGGCGUCCAGACCUCUGGAUCGAGCGCAUGAGAACUCAACGGUACGGUCCAGGUGGUCACUACAACCAUCACUUCGAUUGGAGCUCCAACACGCGUGGAUGGGGCCGUGUGAGUAGUCUUAUGGCGUGGGUGGAGGGUUCUGAUAGUCUCAAAGGCGGUGGCACUGAGUUUCCCCUUAUCAAGAGACCAGCAGAGAAAGAAUGGUGUCGGUUCAUUGAGUGUGCUGAGGAGAAGCAAGAAGAUGUGGGUGAGGGGGUGACCUUCAAGGUUGUACCGGGGAAUGCAGUUUACUGGGAGAACUUUGCGGCGGAUGGCAGAGGAUACGAAGAGACGUGGCAUGCUGGGUUGCCCGUUCAAGAGGGAACCAAGACUGGGUUGAACAUUUGGAGUUUUGGACGAAUUUGAGGUUGCUCAACAGCUAUAAAAUGAGUGACGGGCUUAGAUAUUAGAGCCACCAACUAUGCAUAAGAAUAGAAACAUAAUAAGAUCGAUAC